AUGGAGGCCCCUCUCAUCGCCUGGCCGGUGAAGGCCUCUGCUGACUUUGAGGCGUUUUCAUUCUGUGAAAACUGCCUCAAGAUCCGCCCUUUCCACCCAGAGCCCACACAACACAAACAGAAGCAGCGGCACGCGUUGGCACACCCUGCAGCAUCCACAACAGCAGAAACAACGAGCCAGACUGCUGAGGCGGCGUCACAGGAAGUGGAAUCUGUUGCUGCUGCGGCAGCAGCAGCCUCUGAGGGAGAGGAAGAGGAAGCGGGCAUCUGCGUGCGUGAAACAGAAGGGAGGGAGGCUCUUUGGUUUUGCAGCCCGAGGUGCUACCAUCAGGCAUGUGGGGGUACGAAAACAGCAGAUGUAGAAGGGGGAUCACCUGCUGCUGCUGCUGAUGCUGUUGCUGCCCGCAGCAAGCGCAACCUUGACGGCUCGUUGAUGAGCCCCGCCAACUCCAGCAACAGCAACAGCAGCAACAAGUGGGAGGAGCAGCGUGAAUUUGGGUGGAUGGAGUUCUUAUCUCUAGGAGCACUUCUCCGUCUGCGGCACUAUGACCAGCAGCAGCGUGUCACCACUGGAUCCGGGGCAAGUGUAAAAGGAGGUGAAAUGCGAGAGAUGAGGGAAGUAGAUGCAGAAAGGAAAACAGAAAGCUCAGCAUUAAACAACGAGACAGCUAAAAGGAGCCAAGAGAAAAUGCAAGCAGCUGAAAAAGAUACAAAUACUGAAAACCCCAUAGGAGUGGAGGCCCUGGGCCCAACAACUGUGACUCUAAGAAAUGCAUUCAACUUGGACUUAGAAGCUGCAUAUGCAGAGGCCUGCCGUCCCUUUUUGCGUCUGUCUGCAGCUGCUGCUGCUGAUGUGUUUUGUACCUUUGAUAUUCAACGAGCGCAGCAGCUAUUGCAGCAGCAGCUGGGGGGGGCCCUAGAAACUGCGUUGGGUCCUGAUGCCGCCGGGGCCCUCUUGGGUGAAAACGCCUUGGCCUUCUUCUACGGGGGCCUCAUGAGGAACGCACAGGCGCUGUUGGUGUGGGGAUCAACGACAGCCGGGUGCCUGAUGAUUCUGCGGGGGGCUGGAGUGUACGUGUUGCAGGCCUGCUGCAACCACAGCUGCAGCCCGAACUGCACCGUACAGAACGAUCAUGAUGCCUUCAUUGCUCUCAAGGCAGACAAAGACAUUCAGGUUGGGGAGGAGAUCACCAUUUCGUACGUUCCUCUUGACCUCGCAGCCCCAGAAAGGCAGCAGCUCCUCAACAGCUACCAAUUCACCUGCAGCUGCGUCAGAUGCGCAGAUGAAGCGCAGAAGCAGCAGCAACACCAACAGCAACAGCAAGAGCAACCGAUGCAGAUGCAGCUCCAGUAG